AAGAAGUGUUGGUAGAAGAAGAAGAAGAAGAAGAAGAAGUUACAAGUGCCAUCGGUGGCUUACUGCCACUUAUCUGUGCUUACUGCAGACGUCGAACACACGACCUUGGUCGAACGCGACGGUAUAGCCGUAAGCGUCGAUGGCUGCAGCGGGAAACAGCGGAUCUAUUCACGGAGAAGGGCCAUCGGCAGCCAACUGUCCCACUACGCCAUUUCAGUGCACGUCCUGCGACGAGCUCUUCUCCAGUGACUCCGAUCGAAGUUGCCAUAUAGAGGACGAGGAGCACCAUAUUGCAGCUAAGCAGCUAUGCUUCGUGUGCGGCUUCAGCACAAUGAGCAAGAGAAGGAUGGCAAUACACCGACGAGAACACAUGGCCGGACGCACUUUUGUCUGCAACGUUUGCACGAGGGAUUUUCCCGAAAAGAGUGACUUGACGCGGCACAUCUCCCUCGUGCAUAGAAGGAUGAGACUGCACGCGUGCGACGCAUGCGGAAAAGCGUUUCACGGUGCGAAGGCUUUAAAGGAGCACCGUGGAGCGCACACCGGCAACAGACCCUUCCUCUGCACGGUGUGCGGUAAAGCAUUUCAGCGGGGGAGGACACUUCGCAGGCACAAGUGCAUUCACAAGCCACACAAGUCGCCUGUGAUGGUAAGGAAGCAGAACGGCAAGACGGAAGAGAAGGCAUCGUCGUAGGUCUGCACCUGGUGCGUGUAUUGAAGGGACGGUUGUUGCUGUUGAGAACAAGUGCCAGUUCUGUCCUUAAACUUGCCUUAACGACAAGAUGCGGAAAAUUCCAGCACCUUCGUUGGCCUAUAAUCGGCGUCAGCUCAGCGUACGGAAAUAAAUGUCUGAAUUGAGUCGUCCGGGUUAC